CAGUGUGAUCAGACAGAGGGAAGGAUGUGCCGUCCUGUCUGAUGGUCACGUAGGGCCUCUUUGGCGAGCGACGCAACAGUGGACAAGAGAGAAACAUGUCCGGCUUGGUGAUGAUCGGGAUCAGACUGCUGAUCGCCAUGGCACUGCUGCUGACAUUGGAGGCCUGUCAAGAGUUUGAGGACAUUCAUAAACCUCCUGUCCCUCCAACAUGGCCGUGUGUCUGUAAUUUUCCUUCUGCUCCCGGUCCUCGUGGUGUCCGAGGGCCUCCAGGACGAAUGGGACCUCGUGGCCCUCCUGGGGCUAUGGGUUCUCCAGGUGUACAGGGAAUGCCUGCCCCCCCCUGCACUCAAAGAAAGAGUCACGGUGGAAAAAGAAAGAAAAAAGCCUCAAGACCUGCGAGAGGACAGGGAAUAGGAAUUUGUGUUUAGCAUGUUUUUUUAGCAUGUUUAACUUAACUAUGAAAUCAAUGUAAU